UGUUUUUUUUUUAAACUCUAAAACAUACACACACACACACACACACACACAACGGAAAAAGAAAAAUGACAUGACUUUUUUCGUUCUGAACUUUUAGCCCGUGACUAUAAAAACAUGCUUUAUGAUUAUUGUUUAAUUCGGACGUGAAUAUUCGGGACGGGGGAGGGGGGUUGUUUCUUUUGGCCCCACCAAGUUAAAUUCACUUAAAUGCUCCAGCUUCUUGACUCCCCUCCUCCCUGGCUCUCCCCAAAUAUUUUCCUAAAGGAUCGGCCCUUUUCUACCUUUUGUAUAUUUUCUUUCAAGACCCAGUUUCUCUCACCUCCAUCUCAAACUUCUUAAUCUAAAACAACGUAAACAGAACUUUGUUGCUGAUGUGGAAGAGAACCGUGGGAUGUAAAUGGGCUGUCCCUUCAGAGUUUAUUUCUUCUCCCACGUUAUUGUUAAUUGCAUGCUGAAAGGAAAGGGUCCUUUUGUGUGUGUGUGUGUGUGUGUGUGAGGGGGGAGAGGAGAAGCAUUUGGGAAAGUUUACCAAAAAAAUCCCACAGAACUUUGCAGCCUUCGAUCACUGUUUUUUUUUUUUUUUUUAAUGGAAAUGUUCUAAGUGUGGAUGUACUUCUGACAAAUCGGGGUGCCUAGGGGACCGACUGGGAACAGUUGGACAGUGGGACAGCAUAUUUCCGGGAGCGUUUCCUUAGGAGGGGUUAGUUUGAAGAAAUUCACGAGAUUUCCGUGUCCUUUUGAAGGAGGAGGAGGUCUGUCUGGAAUGUGUUGGCUCCUCUUGCUGUUUCCAUUUUCCUUGUCUUUUGAGAAAGCCAGAAAAUACAUUUCUAGUCCAAGUUGCCCAUCCUGUUUGCUGCACUUUAUAAGUUAUUGUUGCUGAAUGAUUGGGAGCUGUCCAUCAACGGGAAAGGAACUUGCAGUUUACUUAAGAAAUUGCAUGUGUGACAAAGGCAGCUGCCGAGUGUGGUGGUCCGCGUGAAUAGAGGGAGGGGAGGCAAUUAGGGGGCUGUGUGGUUGGGGCUUUUUACUUGUCAAACUGGAGCCUCAUUGCUUUUGUUACCGCCAUGUAAAGGGAAAUGGCAGGGUUUUGUUUUGGUAUUAAGGGCCUUAAAGCUUACUGCCUGACACUUACACAGGAAGGCCGAAUAAAGUCCAGAAAGAGGGGCCACAGAGCAGUAUUUUAAAAAAAAAAAAGAAGAGAAAAAUUAAGAAUCCUCACUUUUUUGUUACCUUGAAGCCCUUCCGUCCUUGUGGUUUUUUUUUUGUGGAAGGGGACAGUGUGGGGAGGGGGAAGUUGCAAGGUGUACCAACUUGUCUGGUAUGGUAACAGAUUGCUUAAAGACCGACAUCAGGAAAAAGAGCCCUGUGGGUUUGCAGAUAAACAGCUGGACAGUCGAGUCGGUAAAUUAAAAACAUCUCCUGUAUGUUAGGUGUCCCGCGCCAGAAGAAACAGAAUCUUUGCCACCGGUCUUGCUUGAAGCAAUACCGGGCCAGCCGGGACCCCAUGUGGCAGCCGGGGUGUUUUCUUAGCUGCAUGCAAAUCGGAGUUGUGUGUUUGCUUUUGAAGAAGGUGAAAAGAUUUCACACUUGGGGAGGGGAAGGACCGGAAAGGCGCUCUGGGUGAGUGUUGUCCUCUGCAACUUUCUCUGUCUUUAACCCCUCCUGGAGCAGACACCCUCCCACAGUCUCCUCCUUCAUGGAAAAGAGGACGAUUUCAGGCCUGUGAUGUCUGGGUCUCUCAACUCCAAUUAAGUUAAACCCACACACAUGUACCCAGUCCUGGAUCCUAGGAGAGACCCGGGAAAAGUAAGUCGGGUUGGGGGGACUCAGGGAUUGCCUGUUUUCUCCUUCUCCUCUCUUCCCUCUCUCUCUCUCUCUCUCUCUCUCAUUCUGGGGAAAGCUCACAGAACUUACAGUCAGAAAGCCAGUGAGCGUUCAGACUCCUGGAAUGCCAGUGAACGCGGGAAGCUUCCGUUCUUCUGCUUCCAGAGAGGUCAACUGAAAUAUCUCACAGGCUCAGUCUCUUGCUCUGGAAGGAAAAGAGGGGUGUGUACGUGUGGCAGGCAAGGCCCUACCAAAUGUCACUCCCGUGUCACUGUGACAAGAAAAUACACUUUCCUUUCCCCAUCCCCCAACCCACGGCAGCCCUCUCCCUAAGAAAUUUGUUUGAGGGAUUUGACAAUCUUGUAGAUAAAGUGCCUGCCUCCUGCCUUCGGUUAAUCAUUUUCCCUCAUGGCUGACCGUAAUUUCUUAGCUACUCUUAGCGGUGUCUCUGGCCCCGCUGCCCAAGGUAACGGGUGCGGGAGGGGGGACUCCCUUGCUUAGAGCCCGAGCUGGCUGGGGAAAUGGGCCUCCCCCUUCCUUCAAGGAUUUUGCAGUGGUACAGGGUAGAAACUGGGAGGAAUUUCUUUUCAUUAAUUUUUUAAAAAUUUAAUCUGUAACCAGUCGAACUAGAUGAUUUGGUUUCUUUUUGUUUGUUUUUGCUUUUUUUUUUUUUGGUUUCAGAGGGAUGUGUGUGGAGAGGGAAGAAUUAACCAAAUAACUGCAGGCAUCGUGAGCGAGAACUUGGGGAGCAUUUUGAGUGUCCCAGGGCAGAAAUUGGGAGCCAUCUCCAUCUUUUAAGAUGCCUUUUUUCAGCUCUUUAAAAUGAAAGGGAGAAAGGGAGGGGAAGCUGGGAGGAAGAAGAAAAGUGAGAAAAGCAAUAAGGGAGGAGAAAAAAAGCUGGCCCAGUCCCAUCUUGAAGGUACAGAGAAAGUUUUUUUUUGAGGUGGAGAGAAAGAAAACCAAAGCUAUUAUGGACCCUAGGAAUACCAUCUUAGUGGGAGUGGAAGAUCUGAGUGGGAAGGGAGGCGCGGUGGCCUCUGGGCUCACUCUCUUCCACCAGUUGGGCGGUUGGCACCUCAAUUUGAAUUGCUGGUCGAACAAAGUGCCGGUUGUGCAGCACCCGCACCAUGUCCACCCCCUCACGCCUCUUAUCACCUACAGCAAUGAACACUUCACGCCAGGAAACCCGCCUCCACACUUACCAGCUGACGUAGACCCCAAAACAGGAAUCCCACGGCCUCCGCACCCUCCAGAUAUAUCUCCGUACUACCCACUGUCACCCGGCACCGUAGGACAAAUCCCCCAUCCGCUAGGAUGGUUAGUACCACAGCAAGGUCAGCCAGUGUACCCCAUCACGACAGGAGGAUUCCGUCACCCCUACCCCACAGCUCUGACUGUCAACGCUUCCAUGUCCAGGUUCCCUCCCCAUAUGGUCCCACCACAUCACACUCUACACACGACCGGCAUUCCCCACCCGGCCAUAGUCACGCCGACAGUCAAACAAGAAUCCUCUCAGAGUGACGUCGGCUCCCUCCACAGCGCAAAGCAUCAGGACUCCAAAAAGGAAGAAGAAAAGAAGAAGCCCCACAUAAAGAAACCUCUUAAUGCAUUCAUGUUGUAUAUGAAGGAAAUGAGAGCAAAGGUCGUAGCCGAAUGCACGUUGAAAGAAAGUGCAGCCAUCAACCAGAUCCUGGGCCGGAGGUGGCACGCGCUGUCCAGAGAAGAGCAAGCAAAGUACUAUGAGCUGGCCCGGAAGGAGCGACAGCUUCACAUGCAGCUGUACCCUGGCUGGUCCGCACGGGAUAACUAUGGGAAAAAGAAGAAGAGGAAAAGGGACAAGCAGCCCGGGGAGACCAAUGAACACAGCGAAUGUUUCCUAAAUCCUUGCCUUUCACUUCCUCCGAUUACAGACCUGAGCGCUCCUAAGAAAUGCCGAGCGCGCUUUGGCCUUGAUCAACAGAAUAACUGGUGCGGCCCUUGCAGGAGAAAAAAAAAGUGCGUUCGCUACAUACAAGGUGAAGGCAGCUGCCUCAGUCCACCCUCUUCAGAUGGAAGCUUACUAGACUCGCCUCCUUCCUCCCCCAAUCUGCUAGGCUCCCCUCCCCAAGACGCCAAGUCACAGACUGAGCAGACCCAGCCUCUCUCGCUGUCCCUGAAGCCCGACCCCCUGGCCCACCUGUCCAUGAUGCCUCCGCCGCCCGCCCUCCUGCUUGCCGAGGCCGCCCACGGCAAGGCCCCCGCCCUCUGUGCCAACGGGGCCCUGGACCUGCCUCCCGCCGCCCUGCAGCCGCCUGCCAUCCCCCCCUCAUCUCUGGCACAGCCGUCGACAUCUUCCUUACAUUCCCACGGCUCUCUGGCCGGGACCCAGCCCCAGCCACUGUCCCUCGUCACCAAGUCUUUAGAAUAGCUUUACCCUCCUCAGCCCCAGGUGCUUUGUGGAGUGUUUUCCUUUUGCUUUUUCUUUAUUUCCGGUUCCGCCCCGCCCCACCCCCACCCUCCGGCCCGUUUUUCUCUCGUGUUGUCCUCUUUUCCGUUUGUGCCAUGUGGCUACAUUAGUUAAUGUUUAUCGAGUUCAUUGGUCAAUAUUUGACCCAUUCUUAUUUCAAUUUCUCCUUUUAAAUAUGUAGAUGAGAGAAGAACCUCAUGAUUCUACCAAAAUUUUUAUCAACAGCUGUUUAAAGUCUUUGUAGCGUUUAAAAAAUAUAUAUAUAUACAUAACUGUUAUGUAGUUCGGAUAGCUUAGUUUUAAAAGACUGAUUAAAAAACAAAAAGAAAAAAAAAAAGCAAUUUUGAAGCAGCCCUCCAAAAGGAGUUGGUUCUGUAUUAUUUGUAUUAAAUACGAGCUUGCGAACCAAUCAUUUUACAUCUGGUUUUUAAACCAUAAGGGCACAAGGAAUGCAGUGCCAUUUACUUUUUUUUUUUUUUCUGUGUGAAACAACUUUUAUUGUGAUGUUACUUGUUAUUGUUUAAAUGUACAGAAACAAAGGGUUAAAAUGUGUUAAUAUACCUUGUUCCAUGGUGUUGUUCUUUUGGGGGGAGGGGGUUGCUAUUCAACAAUUAAUGGAAUCACAUUGCUGUUGGACCAGUAGUAUUUAUUGCUUUAGAGAUUGCUCGUCGAACCUGUACGUUGUCCCUUUUAAAAUAUGUUUUCCUUUUUCUUGAAACUGUAUAAAGUUUUUUUCCCCUUAGCAUAAGCAUCUUAUAUAUAACAACUCAUUUGUACAAGGUUUUUAAGUUUAUAUAUAAAAUGUGUAUAUAUAUAUUUUUUGUUUCCCUUUUGGACUUUUUUUUUUUUUUUUUUUUUUUGCCGUAUGAAACCCAGAUGCCGCCAAAUGGACGUUAAUAGUUGCAUUAAAGGAUCAGUAGCAUUAACAAAAGUUGCUUUAAAAGCCAUUAUGUAAAACAAGACUUGAACAUUAGUGAGGGAAUCUUAGCAACGUUGUACCAGCAGCAGUGGGAAUUGUCCCGUUUCCCCUGUGAACUCACAGGCGAGUGUCCUGCACCCUGAAGACAUGGACUGACCGUGUGCAAAACUUUUUAUGUGCCAAAAUUCUCAGUGACUUUAGCUUUCUCCCUCUUUUUGAUGCUGUAAUUUUCGUUCAUCAUGUUUUGCUGUGAUGUUACAUAGGUAGAUUUGUAUGUAGUUUUAAUGUCACCUAUAACAAGACGUGUUUGGUAGCAGAUUGUCCAGAAAGCAUUUUAAAUGAAGAGGUAUAAACCCUUAAGGGCCAAAAAUUCUGUAUAUUAGAUUACUCUUAAAGGAAAAACCAGCUGCCGCUUUUAUGUAUCCCUAUGACAUACAAGUAGGUAGCAAACUUUAAAAAUAAAAAAAAAAAAAACCUAGGCAUGUUGAUGUUACAAAAUGCUGUAUAAAGCUAAAACCUGUUCAUUCAGUGCCAUUGUAGUUGACAUGAAGCGAUUGUAAAACUGUCUCCGGUUUUUCUCUGGUUUAUUAAAAUGCUAACUAUAACAUUUUUUUGUGAAUACUUUGAAUGUUUCCUAACAGUUGUGAUGUUACUGUUCCGUUUUAUGCUCUUAUUCCAAUUUCAUUUUUAAUGGUUUGGAAGCCAUUUUUGUAAUGAAUAAAUGUUCAUGCUGUACAGUAUCUGUAGCAUGCCAUUCUGGAUUAAUAAAAGCAACUUAGUAUGUGCAGAUAAA